AUGCCGCGCCCACCAAUGCCACUGUCCGCACUCCCGCGCGGCGCCCACGCCGUCCUGAUCACCUCAGGCCACCUCGAUCCGCACCUCCAGGUCCCACCUCUCCUCCUCGCCAACUCCCUCAUCGCCGCCUUCUCCCGCGCGGCGCUCCCGCGCCUCGCGCUCCCGCUCCUCCGCCGCCUCCUCGCAGGCGCGCACCCGCUCCGCCCCGACUCCUUCACCUUCCCGCCGCUCGUCCGUGCCGCCCCGGGCCCGGCCUCCGCCGCGCAGCUCCAUGCCUGCGCGCUCCGGCUGGGGCUCCUCCACCCCAACGUCUUUGCCUCGGGCGCCCUCGUCCACGCCUACCUGAGUCUCGGCCGCGUCGCGGAGGCGUACAGGGUGUUCGACGAAAUGCCCGAGCGGGACGUGCCCGCGUGGAACGCAAUGUUGUCCGGGCUGUGCCGCAACUCCCGGGCCGCGGACGCGGUUGCGCUCUUCGGGAGGAUGGUCGGCGAGGGGGUCGCCGGGGACGCCGUGACGCUCUCGAGCGUCCUGCCAGUGUGCGCCCUGCUCGGGGAUCGAGCGCUUGCUCUGGUCAUGCACGUGUAUGCGGUGAAGCACGGGCUGUCUGGCGAGCUAUUUGUGUGUAAUGCCUUGAUUGAUGUGUACGGGAAGCUAGGGAUGCUAGCGCAGGCUCGUUGGGUGUUUGAUGGAAUGGCAUUACGGGAUCUGGUCACGUGGAAUUCGAUCAUUUCAGCGUAUGAGCAAGGUGGGAAGGUUGCUGCUGCCGUCGAGCUGUUCCAUGGUAUGAUGGAAAGUGGGGUUUCCCCUGAUGUGCUAACACUCGUUAGCCUGGCAUCUGCUGUUGCUCAGUGUGGAGAUGAACGCGGUGCAAAGUCGGUGCAUUGCUAUGUAAGGAGGCGGGGCUGGGAUGUGGGUGACAUCAUUGCCGGAAAUGCUAUGGUUGAUAUGUAUGCUAAGCUGUCGAAGAUUGAUGCUGCCCAGAUGGUAUUUGAUAACUUGCCUGAUCGAGAUGUUGUGUCCUGGAACACAUUGAUUACAGGGUAUAUGCAGAAUGGACUUGCUAAUGAGGCAAUCAGGAUAUACAAUGAUAUGCAGAAUCAUGAGGGUCUGAAGCCAAUUCAAGGGACGUUUGUCAGCGUUUUGCCCGCGUACUCGAACCUUGGUGCAUUGCAGCAGGGAAUGCGAAUGCAUGCACUGUCGAUUAAGACUGGAUUAAAUCUUGAUGUGUAUGUCAGUACUUGUCUGAUAGACUUGUAUGCUAAAUGUGGGAAGCUAGUAGAAGCAAUGCUUUUGUUUGAGCAUAUGCCUAGAAGGAGCACAGGUCCUUUGAAUGCCAUCAUAGCUGGUCUUGGGGUUCAUGGGCAUGGUGCAAAGGCACUCAAUCUCUUCUCACAAAUGCAACAAGAAGGAAUUAAGCCUGAUAAUGUCACGUUUGUUUCAUUAUUGGCUGCCUGUAGCCAUGCUGGCUUAGUUGAUCAAGGUCGGAGUUUCUUUGAUUUGAUGCAAACUGUUUAUGGUAUUGUGCCCAUUGCAAAGCACUAUGCAUGCAUGGUAGAUAUGCUUGGAAGAGCUGGUCAGUUGGACGAAGCUUUUGAGUUCAUACAAGGCAUGCCAAUUAAGCCUGACUCUGCUGUUUGGGGCGCACUGCUUGGCGCCUGUAGGAUUCAUGGGAAUGUUGAAAUGGGUAAAGUGGCCUCACAAAACCUAUUUGAACUUGAUCCCAAGAAUGUUGGAUAUUAUGUUCUGAUGUCAAAUAUGUAUGCAAAGAUUGGGAAAUGGGAUGGAGUUGAUGCAGUAAGGUCUUUGGUCAGGCACCAGAAUUUACAAAAGACUCCUGGAUGGAGUUCAAUGGAGGUGAAAGGGUCAGUGAGUGUAUUUUACAGUGGUACACAAACAGAACCCCACCCUCAGCAUGAAGAAAUCCAGAGAGAGCUACAUGACCUUUUGGCCAAGAUGAAAAGUGCAGGCUAUGUUCCUGACUACAGUUUUGUCUUACAGGACGUAGAGGAGGAUGAAAAGGAACAGAUCUUGAAUAAUCAUAGUGAGAGAUUAGCUAUUGCCUUUGGCAUUAUAAAUACUCCUCCAAGAACUCCGCUCCAUAUAUACAAGAAUUUGCGGGUCUGUGGGGAUUGUCACAAUGCUACCAAAUAUAUAUCAAAAAUAACUGAAAGAGAGAUCAUUGUCCGGGAUGCAAACCGGUUCCACCACUUUAAAGAUGGGCACUGCUCUUGUGGAGACUUUUGGUAA